GGGGGACGAGAGCGCGAGCCUGCAUCUUUCAAAGAAAUCUUUGCGAGUAGAAGAAUCAUGUCUGGAAGAGGCAAGGGCGGAAAGGGUCUGGGCAAAGGAGGCGCUAAGCGCCACAGGAAGGUGCUGCGGGAUAACAUCCAGGGCAUCACCAAGCCCGCCAUCCGCCGCCUGGCACGCAGAGGGGGAGUCAAGCGCAUCUCCGGCCUCAUCUACGAGGAGACUCGCGGGGUGCUGAAAGUGUUCCUGGAGAACGUUAUCCGGGACGCGGUCACCUACACCGAGCACGCCAAGAGGAAGACCGUCACCGCUAUGGAUGUGGUGUAUGCUCUGAAGCGCCAGGGACGCACUCUGUACGGAUUCGGAGGUUAAAGGCUCGCUUCUGUUUCCUCAUCAAAACGGCCCUUUUAAGGGCCACC